GGGGGAUCGUGGCGUUGCGCUUGAAUGUAGGCCUCGUGAAGUGUCGAGUCACCGGCCAGGCAACAGUCGAACCCUCGUUGCUUCCUCGUCGCACAAAGCCUGGGUUUCUGGGCGUCUCGUAGUUCGUGAAGUCUGAGUUCCGGGAGAAGUGAGGCAAAGAUCCUUGGAUGUCGAUCCGUAAGUCUAUGGUAUGUCGCCGUCAGGCAACACUCUUCUUAUUCUCGUUGCUCAGCCUUACUGCACCCGCCCAAAGCCCGGGGUUCCUAUCCCUAUUUAUGCCUCCUCGAAAUCCAUUUCUUACCUACGAAGAGUCCCGGUCCAGGGCACCGGGUAGCUCACCAGGCCAGCCUAGUCCCAGCAAAGUCGCUGGUCGCGUGGGGUCACUCAACGGGUCGUCCGGAAGGCUCUCACGCACGGAUGAAACUCGUGAAGUCCCAAGAAAGGCUGAAUGAGGCUACCGAUCGGUCUAUCUGACCAGCCGCAGCACGCGACGGUGACG